AUAUAAAAUGGUAGUACAAUAGACCUUUUCAUGAUCCUCAAAAUAGGACUCUUUUGGUGAGGAGAUAUAAUCUCAUUGCUGUUAGACUCAUUGUUUUUAUCGAAGCCAAAUAUAUCUUUGUUUAUACUUUUACAAUUAUCUUGAAUAAGAAUCACAUAGUAGUGCAAAAUGGGAAUUAGUGAUACUCGUCAUCUAGUGGUAACAGUACGAAUUGGUUUCACUACAAACUUGGGCAGUUUCUCACCGAUGGCGCCACUGAGCUAUAGUAUGUGGUGGACGCACUCUUCAUCGUCGAUAAGAAGAUUUAUGAAGACCGUCGAUAAAGAAGAACUAACUGUUAACUCGAUGAUACUCGAUGUUAUACAUUUGAUUGUCUUUUGUGAAACAUAAUUUAAUUUUGUUUGUCUUUCAAAUAUUUUAACACACUUUCUGUCAAUUCAUUAAGCAAGAGGGAUCAUUUAAAAUAAAUACCAGAAAUUUUUAUUCAAUCAAAACUUUUAUUUAGUCUACAUUAAAAUAUAAUAUGGGUAAACCUUCCCCAUAAGUAAUAGAUACAUAUAUUUAUGCUCAAUUGCUCAAAUACUCACUGAAAAGUAUAUUGUUCAUUUUCCAAAAGUAGAAAGCAUCAAAAACAUUGUCGAUCGAACAAUCACGCGGUAACAGUAAUUAAAAUGUUACUCUUGAAUUACUAUGUGAACUGUCUUCAUAAAACCUAUACAAGCGAGGUUAGAAAAUCAAUCAUCGAAGAAGUAUAAUAGCAAUGGAGAAUCUUUUAAACAUUAUAUUAUAUAUUGUGUCGAGAAAACCAAAUAAACAUUAAGAAAAUGCUGUGCUACGAUGGAAAACUCAGUUUAUAUUGUUUCACUGUGGCUAGUUUUGUCGCGAUUCUACCAGAAGUGCUUUUGAGGUUAGAAUUCGACGUACCCAGUGUUUAUUUCAGUAAUAUAUGGUUAACGCAUCUCUUCCAAUAUGGAGUUCUAAACUUUCUGCUAUUUUUUGCUUUUCGUGGGGUUUCUUACCAGGUUUCUGUGAGAGCAGUUUUUAUAGGUUACGCCUUUGGAAUUGGAAUUUUAGUGUCACUCGUUGCACCUCCUUCGUGGCAAAUGUUCGGUGUAUACAUUACCAUACUGGCUAUCUUCCAUUACUCUGAAUUUUUGAGCAUAGCAUGGAUAAACCCAUCGACUCUUUCCAUUGACAGCUUUAUUCUGAAUCACAGUGUAGCUUAUGGAGUGGCAGCAUGCUCCAGUUGGAUAGAGUUCAUUGUUGAGAGACAAUACUUUCCAUUGAUGAAACAGGCUUCGUCUAUAUCGUAUUUUGGAUUAAUAUUGUGCAUUUGCGGAGAAAUUUUGAGAAAAUUAGCUAUGUUUACGGCAAAGCACAAUUUUAAUCAUAUUGUACAAAGCGAAAAAAUGGACAAUCAUGAACUGAUUACUUAUGGAGUCUACAGACUUUGUAGGCACCCCAGUUAUGUAGGUUGGUUUUAUUGGUCUAUAGGAACACAGCUGAUACUUCAGAAUCCAUUUUGCCUUUUGGCAUACACUGUGGUGUCUUGGAAAUUCUUCCAUGAUCGCAUUUUAAUUGAAGAGAUUACUUUGCUUAAUUUCUUUGGACAGGACUAUAUACAGUAUCAGAAACAAGUGGGCACAGGACUGCCUUUCAUAUCUGGUUACAAAGUUAAUUUAUAGCAGGCAAUCUCUGUUUAAAAAUAUGUGUGAAUUAAAUGUAGGCUUCUUAACAAAAUUAUAUUUAUUGUCUCAUUUCUUUUCGAAGAAUUAUUUAUAUAACAAUACACUACACUUUCAUGUGAUGGUAGAUACUUUCGAUUGAUAAUUAUACAUAUACAUAUCCUUUUAUACUUAUAUAUGGAACAUAUUUAUGAUAGUGAAUACAUGUUUUAGUGUCAAAUAAAUAAGAAGGCGCUAGAUUUAGGUUACUUACAGCUGCAUCUUAUUAAUUUCUGUACAUGAUCAUUUACAGUGUUUUGAUAAGGUUUUAAUAUAUUUUUAAAGACUGUACGCAUUGUUGGCUGUUAGUGUUGCCAUAACAUGAUUUGUAAAAACAUUUCGUGGCCGAUUUACUUAACCUUUUACGGAAUUAGAACAGGACUUGUUAGUGUCACGCGUGUGCAUUGCACUUGAGUCUUCUUUAUUUAGUGAUCACAUGGUAAACAAAUGUCACAUUGUCUGUUAUAUAAAUCUAAAAAACACACUUGGCAGGUAGAUGUAUUAAUUCAAAAUAAUUUUAUACGUACCAGUUUGCGGUAGUACUGUAUUAUAUCAAUGUAGUGUUCUGUAAACAAUAAAUAAUAACAAUCUGGGAACCUCAUUCAGA